AUGGGCACACCAUUCGACUUCAUCGCCAAGCAAAAUGCGGAGGAUGCAAAAUUAGCAUUCAUUCAUAAGUUGGUCGAUGCAAAACAUGAGAUUGUAUCCUUUGUGGACAGUCGCCUCGGUUGGGACAGUGCUGGAGAGUUCCUUGACUACUUUAAAGGCUCAUUCAACCUCAGCAUCGCCGUCCUAAAUGGCAAUACUCAAGAGCGUGCUCUUAUUCGCUUUCCAGUUCCAGGAAAAGUGCACGAGCCGUGGCUUGAGCAAAAGGUCAAGAACGAGGUCAUGGUUAUGAAAUACCUCUCUCAGCAUACGAGCAUCCCCAUUCCCCGAGUGCACCAUUGGGGAUUAACUGAAGAAAGUCCACAGCAACUUGGGCCCUUCAUAAUCGAGGAAUUUAUGCCAGGAGAUGACCUUGGCGAGCUUCUCCGAAAGCCGACCGAGAACGAGGAGGAUCCUCUUAUCUUAGAUCCAGAUGUCGAUGAUGCGAAGCUCGACUUCGUUUACGAGCAGAUCGCUGGCUUUCUCUUGGAGCUUUCGCGCUUGAAAUUCCCGCGCAUCGGUGCCAUUUCUACGGAUACCGAGUCCGGCCAGUGGACUAUUGAUGCGCCACCACUUACAUACGACAUGAACGAGGUCGUCGGCUUCGCUGGGUUCGAUGCCUCUCAUUUUACGACUACGGCGCCAUUCGUUCGUGCGAGUGAUUACUUCUCAGAGCGCGCGCGAUACCUGCAGAUAAACCUAGAAACGCAUCGCAACAUCGGGUUCGAAGACGAGAAUGUCACCUGGAAUCGGUACGUUGCCCGCCACUGCUUUGCUAAGCUGGUCCCUUUCUAUGGCAUUAUCGACGACUUCGGACCGUUCCGACUCUUUUGUGACGAUAUACGACCAUCAAAUAUGCUUGCCGACCCGAAGACAAUGCGCAUUACUGCGUUGCUGGACGUCGAGUUUACGAAUGUCAUGCCGGGCCAAUACGCGUACGAUCUGCCGUGGUGGCUUAUACUUGGGAACCCGGCUAUCAUGAUAAGCGAGGGAAAGCAGGAGUUCUUAGAUCUAUUCGAGCCGCGGAAAGAACAAUUUAUCCGUGCCGUGGAGAGGGCCGAGGACGCAUCAGCCCUGCCAGCGGGAGAGCAGCGUCUCUCGGUUCGAAUGCGGGAUUCGUGGGACAGCGGACGUUUUUGGUUCAACCUUGCAGCACGUAGUAGCUUCGACGUCGACGAAAUUUACUGGAAGUGUCUACAUAAGGACGGCCGAGGCGAGGCGAUGUUGGAUGAGGCAAUACUCUCUCAGAAGAGCGGCUUUCUGAAACAGAAGAAGGAUCAAUUCGAGGCGUAUUGGGCCGAGAAGCAAAGUGACACUCGCUUUACUGAUUGA